AUGCGGUUACGCAAGUCCUCGAAUCCGAAAUUGAUGCUAGGUAGCGUGUCUGCCAUCGACGGUGCAUCUGCUGUUGUGAGUGGCGGUCGCACACCACUCGUUGAAAGUGAAGGCUCGAACGAAGAUGACAUUCAAGCACCUCCCCUCGUCUAUACAGGAGUUACGAGCACUACCAUUGUUUCACCAUUGACGGCGCCACAGUCAUCACUCAUAGAGAAUAAAAGCUUGUUACUUAGAGUGCACCCUGAAUUAGCCGCUUGUUGGCCCUUAGUCGAUGAUGAGACAGUCUCCCACAUUAUUACAACGGCAGGAGAAUUAUGCGACCCUUUGGUAUCCUCUCUUUUCGACUUGGGGAAUGCAGUGGAUAUCGAGAAUCAUGAAUCAGGUAAUCGGGUAGUGCCGAUCGCCAUCACUGUUGGGGGAGAAUGUUGCAAUGUCAUCUCAUUCCGGAAGAUAGAAGAAGGUACUGUUGAACUGAAGCACGGAAUGAAAGCUCGAGUCCGGAUCCCGAUGAUCGGAGACGCUGAGUGUACCGAAUGGUCGGCAGGAGGUGCCCCCGUCCGCCAAAUAUGUUUUGCGCGGACGGUAGAAGAGAAGCCGACAUGGGCCGCCGCUCGCUUUCCUCAUUCAACGAUUGUGUUUAGACCCCUGUAUCGUAGGAAGCCGGUUUCUAUGCACAUCUACCAGGAUGGUGACCCUGUGGUCUCGAGCCAGAAACGAUCCUCGCGCCUUGACGCGAACCCAUUGAUUGAGAUUUCUCACUCCCAAACGGGAGGGUAUGGGCAUGCCGACGUCACUUUUAACCCCUGGUAUCAGAAACAAUUGGCCAUUGUCGAUGAGCGAGGAAAUUGGAGCGUCUGGGAAAUGGUAGGUCGACAUAGACGAGGCAAGGGCAAUUGGACGGCUUCUUGCGUCAAGUCCGGCUCAUUACCGUGGCCUGACCUUGGCCACGCUCAGAAUAUCAGCCGCUCUCCACGACAUGAUGGUUGGGCAGUAAUCGAAUGGGUGGGCGAUGUCAACAGCUUCAUUGUGUCGGAUCGACGUUGCCCCAUACUUUAUCGAACAGAGGGUAAUGAAACUCUACCUUUUGCGAUAGAGCUUGAGCUCAAGAGGAAGUCAGAAUGGGUUUUAGAUGUCAAAAGAAGUGCUUGCAACGUGUCACAAGUGUUCAUUCUCACAACGUCUCGUAUAUUUUGGCUUGAUGUUUCAUCCGUUCUGGCCGCAGACUCUCAAGAUGGUAUUUCAAGGCCGUCUUUGUUACCCAUUCUGUCUUGGCGCCAUUUCAGAGAUUCGGAGGACACGACAUUGCGUUUGUCUUCUCUUGUCGUUUCUGAAGACCCAUUCGUUCUAGAAAUUCCUCCCGUAUCUGAAGAGAGCGCAGAGACCCAGAUCUCACCAAACGCAGCUCAAUUCUCAACUCUGGUUCUCCGAGAAAUCGCACAUGCACCCUCUGCCGGGAACAAAGAGAAAUAUGAUGCUGCAGCCAAAUUCAUAAAAUUGUUCACAAUAGACUCGCGUCUUGCGGUUCGGGAGUCGAUAUAUAUUGGCCAUGCGCGUGACAGUGGGGUUGGUGCAGAUGACCAGCAGUUGGGAAAGGACGCCUUACGUUUAAGAAAGCGCUAUCCUGGAGUUCGGAGAAAGCAGUCUACUCGCUCGGGGGGUGACUUUGUGGUCGACGACUGGGAUGAGUCAGUCGUGAGUAGGGGAAUGUUCACUGCCGCAGAUACGGGAAUUUCUCAUAUAACGCCACUCGCCACUCCCCAAUGGAAAACUGAUUAUAGCUCGAUCUACGCCAUUGCCUCCGGGAAGAUAAUAGCGGGGUCAAAUGAAGUCGGCGAAGAACAAGACAGAGGCUUUCAAGAUUCUAUUAAUGAACUGAAGGACAAAAUGGCCACCGCAGACUUGGCUCAUCUUCCUACUAGUAAGACCAUGUUAGAAGUCCUUGCCGGAAGUCCUCUGCUAGACGACAUCGACCAGAAUGCUCAUGAUUAUGAUGGAUUUCUUAACGAAUUUCUGGCUCCAAGAAUGUCUCGCAAUCCCUCAACAAACAGUCAACUAACAGUCUGUCCCCCACUGUCGUUGGUCCUUUUCGGAUCCUCGAAUUUGAAACUGGUCGACAUCUACGAUCGGUUAUUUAAUAAUUGGCUUUCACCCCUUCAUCACGACAUCCCUGGGCGCUCGCGAAUCAUGAAAGAAAGGAUCAUUCGCAAAGCGGCAGCAGAGCUUGCUCUGACGCAGCUCAUUUUACGGCGUAAGCCGCUCAACGAAGCGGGUAUUGUGCGUUCGAUGGAAGGCACCAACCCUGAAAUGAUUGAUGAAUCAUCGCGCGUGCCAGUCAAUUCCCCUUCUCUCGAAAUCGGUAAACGACACUUAUCUGUACCGAGACUGAUUUCUAGUGAUUAUGCAUUGGAGCCGGCAGCCAGCAAAACUGCCAUCCAGAGCAACUUUGUGGCAGAAAAGCAAGAAGUGUCCAAGAGUACAAACGGAACGGAACCUGUCUACAGUGGACUAGCUUCCAUGACAACCUUCUACACCCAGCGUCCACCAUCUGGAGUUGUGGCAAACUUGCUUUCUCAUUGGCAAGUAGGUAGCGACCCGGCCGCGUAUAGCUGGCAAAGGAUGGCGCAGACUCUAGAGGAAGAGGAUUUGCAACGUGCCUCCAAAGCCCCAACACCGAAACGACGCCUGUGGAAAAAGGCGUCGCCAGGCACUCCAUUGAAUUUAUCACAUCUGCCUCCCGUAUCCUCCAACGCCCUUGCAGCUCGAGAAUGGGGUAGCCAGCCAGAGGUCGGCGAGCCGGCCAGAAUGCUUAGAUUACAAAGUAGUCAAGCAAUUGAGGAGGAUCUACCCAUGACCCAAAUAGAAAGAGGUACGUUUGGAGGUCGAGAAGCCAGUCGGAAAACUUCCAUAAAGGCCAGGAAAAAGAAACGAGCAGCUGGCUUUUAA